GAUUGCUUGUUAUCAUUGUAAGGAACAAUAAUGGCGUCAUGAGCUCAGUGAUGAGUGAUGGGCUUGAAGGCGUAGAAGAAGAUUUUUUCUUUACUACAAUAGAUAGAGAAACUGGUAUUUGUAUCACUUGGUUUUAUGAAGAAACCACAGGAAAAUUCUUUAGUUCUGAAACCGCAGAGUAUUUUCCUUGGGAUGCUCUCGACAGUUACAUAAGUGAUAUGUUAACAUUGAACUUCACUCGUCAAAGUUAAAAAUGGUCAGAAAUUAUGUUAAGAAGACAAGUCACGAACGACCAAAUGAAGAAAUCUUGAAGAAGGCAGUAGGAGAUGUGCUACGUGGUGUCAUGACAAUAAGGAAGGCUGCACAACAAUACGGGCUAACAAAAACAACAGUUGGCAGAUAUUCAAAGCUCCAUCAUGGAUGUGGGAUCCUUGCUCCACAAAGAGUUACAGCUCCUGCGAAAACAAUUUUGUCAGAAGAAAUGGAAAUUGAAUUAUGUUCCUAUCUUAAGAGAUGUGCAUUACUGAACCACGGCAUCACAACGAUCCAGACUCGCCAGCUUGCAUAUAUAUUUGCCUUAGCAAAUGAAGUUUCAAUUCCAUCUAAUUGGAAAAAAAAUGAAAAAGCUUCACAUGAUUGGUUGUACGCCUUUAUGAAGAGAAACUCUACACUUUCCAUUAGGAAACCAGAGCCAACAAGUCAGGCACGAGCAGCAGCAUUCAACAAGCCAGUGGUGAUGUCAUUUUAUGACAAACUUCUUAGAGUUAAGGUGAAGUAUUCAUUCAAGCCUAAUCAAGUUUGGAACUUGGAUGAAACCUCCAACACAACAGUUGAGGCUCCACCAAACGUAAUUGCUGCUAAGGGAACAAAGCAGGUACAACAAACAGUCUCAGGAGAAAGGGGUAACAACGUGACGAUGUUGGCCUUCAUCUGUGCUGAUGGGUCUUCAAUCCCCCCAACAUUUAUUUUCCCUCGUAAGAAGAUGUACCCUGAAUUGUACAACAAGGGACCAAGUGGUUGCGUAGGGUUUCCGAGCGAAACAGGCUGGAUGACCGGCGAGAAUUUUUUGAAAUCUCUGAAACACUUUCAUGGAUUUGUAAAAUCAACAAUCACUAACCCAAUUCUCUUAACUAUGGAUAACCAUGUGUCUCAUCUUCAUUAUGAGGCAGUAAAGUUUGCGAAGGAAAAUGGCAUCAUUUUACUUACAUUUCCGCCACACUGUUCCCACGCGUUGCAACCACUAGACGUAUGCGUCUAUUCACCUUUUAAGAGAGCUUUAGGUGUCAGCCAUAAUGAUUGGCUGCAAUUGAAUCCAGGAAAACGAAUAACAGUGAAGGAAAUAGCAGAAUUAACAAAACCAGCUUAUGUUGCAGCUUUCACACCAGCAAACAUCAUAUCGGCGUUUCGGACCACAGGGAUCGAACCCUUUAAUAGAUUUGCUAUACCAGAAGAGAGAUAUGCACCAUCUUUGGUAACCGAUCGUGAUUGUCCAAUUGAUAAUGUGGUCGAGAAACUUGUUCCUCCGCCUGUUUCUGAUCUCUCGAAUGAUUACAUUGAAGUUAUUCAUCCGCCUGUUCCUGAUCUAUCGAGUGAUUACAUUGAGCUUAUUCCUCCGCCUGUUCCUGAUCCAUCAAGUGAUUCCAUUGAGCUUAUUCCUCCACCUGUUUGUGAUCUAUCAAAUGAUUCCAUUGAACUUAUUCCUUCGCCGAAGCCUUAUGUACAAAUCAUCCAGGUCAGACCUUAUCCAAAGGCAAUUCAGUCAGCAAAAGUUCGUGUAACGAAAUCUCGUGUGGGGAAAUCUAGAGUUCUCACAGAUACGCCAGAGAAAGACGAAAUUGAACAAGAUUAUGUUCGGCAACAAGAAAAGCUAAUGAAGUCUACAAAAGCAAAACGGGCUCUCCUACCGCAACAGAAGGAAAAAUGCAAGUCACGGAAUAAUCAAGUUCAGAGUGAAAGUUUAACUAAGAAGAAUGAAACACCUAUCGUUUGUAUAGAAAAAAAGAAGAGCAGAAAGUCCAAAGUAAAAGAUAACAUUUCAAAUAAGGAGAAUGAAACACCUGUAGCUCAUGUGGAGAAAAAGAAGAGUCGGAAGUUCCAAGUUCAAGAAAAGACUUCAAAUAAGGAGAAUCUAACAUCUCUCGCUAAUUCAGUCAUUUGUAAUGAAAGUGUUGGUGUUUGUUCAACUGAUAAAGUUCAGCGCACAAGAUCUGGUAGAGUUAUUCACCAGAAAGUUUUAGUCAAUUACGAGUAUGAUUAGUGCCUCAUGUGCCUAAUGAUCAAUGCCAAUAACUAACGUCCAAAUUGUGCUAAUAAUUUGUUUCAAACAUAUCAUGUAUUAUCUUUAAAGGAAGUGUGAAACUCAGAAGAUUUUUUCUUUCGUUAUGUAGCCAUGUAGGUCGUUACAUCGUUCUACCAGUUGCUAUUAUAUAGUGAAUGCCCAAUAAUCAGAUAAAGGAAAGUGUGAUAAUUAAAACCGUCUUACAAGGAAUAUCAAUAAACAUUAAU